AACUUUUCUGUCCACUGUCUCUUCCACGUCUUUCCGGUUUCUCCUCUCGCUCCCCUCCGCCGGCGGAGGAGCUCAUGGCAUCCUCUUCCAUGGCCGCCGUCGCCUGCGCCACCGGCACCGCCCUCUCGCCGUCGACCGCGACGGCCCAGAGGCCGUCUGUCCAGGGCCGCCUCGUCUUCCCCGCCGCGCCCUCCCGCUCCCACUCUCUCCGGCUCCGCGCCGCCGGCCGCCGGUCAACUCGGGCAUCCAAGGUUGUGGUGGCAGCGUUGGCUGACCCACUCAAGGUCAUGAUAUCAGGGGCUCCUGCAUCUGGCAAGGGCACGCAGUGUGAGCUCAUCAAGACCAAAUUCGGUUUGGUGCACAUCUCCGCUGGAGAUUUGUUGCGGGCGGAGAUCGCUGCUGGCUCUGACAAUGGGAAGGCGGCCAAGGAUUUCAUGGAGAAGGGCCAGCUCGUGCCUGAUGAGAUUGUCGUUAAUAUGGUGAAGGAACGUCUUCUGCAACCAGAUGCUCAGGAAAACGGUUGGCUUUUGGACGGGUACCCAAGAAGCUAUUCACAGGCCAUGGCGCUGGAAACCCUUGAAAUCCGGCCUGAUACUUUCAUUCUGUUAGAUGUUCCAGAGGAACUCCUUGUUGAAAGGGUGGUUGGAAGACGGCUUGAUCCUGUAACAGGGAAAAUAUAUCAUUUGAAGUACUCUCCACCAGAGAAUGAAGAAAUCGCUUCAAGGCUUACGCAGAGAUUUGAUGAUACAGAAGAAAAGGUUAAGUUGAGGCUGCAGACUUAUUACCAAAAUAUCGAGUCCUUGCUAUCAACAUAUGAGGAAAUUAUUGUCAAAGUGAAAGGAGAUCGCACAGUGGGCGAUGUCUUUGCUGAGAUCGAGAAGCUGCUGGCUUCUAGCCUGAACAAGAAAACAGAAAUGGUGUCCAGCUCAUGAGCAAGGAAAGAAAAGAUUGGGUGCAGGUCCGACAAGUUCAUGUAAUGUAAGCCAUCUCACAUGAUAGGAACUUCUCCAAGCGGAUGUAGUUGAAGCAUAGGCCGACACAUACAUGUAAUGUAAGCCGUCUAACAUGAUGGAAACUUCUCCAUGUGGAUGUGGUCAAUGCAUAGGAUUUUUUUUCCUCCAAUUGUUAAUUGUACGUGAAUGGAAGCAGCAGAUCGUUCGUAGGUUGUGAGUGCUUAACAGAUCGUGUGCUGCUGUACAUGUUUUGUUGCUGUCUUGUGAACAUACAUGUCAUGUUGUUUUUCAACUGGAGGAAUGGUGUUAAUGCAUUGAUUUACAGCACUAGUGAUUGGUGUUGUCUUAA